AUGGAUGAAUCUUUACGGUGUAAUUCACUGCCUUGUCGCAAGCCAUUGCAAGCAGAAGGCAGAGCUGUUUCGACAUCUUGCUCUCAUAUCUUUUGUUUCGAAUGUGCAACAAACCUUCUACAGGGAAGAAGGAUAUGCCCAGCUUGUAGUACGCCAUUGGAAAAUCAAGAUGAUGCAGUAGUGACUUCUUUGAAUCCAUCAGCAUCGUACAAAGCUUCUGUGUUGGCAGGCCUUUCACCACAGAUCAUCAUGGAAAUUUGUACAAGAGCGAUAGCGUUUCACAAUUAUCAGUCUAUGCAAGAAAGUGCAUUUCAACAAAUGCUACUGAAAAAAGCACAAGCUUCAAAUUCAACUUUUGAACGGGAACUUAAUCGAAUUCAAAUUUCUGCAAAAACGGAAGUGAACCAUUUGGAAGCCAAAGUACAAGAGUUGACCAACGAAUUGGCAGAAGAGAGGCGAAAGACAAGAGAGCUACACGAUAUCUUACGUUCGACAGGAAGAGAUUACGAAAAUUUGAAAACGCAAUUUGAUCAAUCACGAAGAAAGGCAAUUCGAAGCGACUUAGACCAGAUCACCGCCAUUGCAACACCGAAGCACGCAAGAAAUCGGAUUUCAGCACCACAACCAUUCUUUCCGUCAGAUGACAUUUCAAACGAUCCGAUAGUAGGCUUACGUACACCCAGUAGAACGCUUGGCGAUCGGACAAACAUUUUUGACGGACAAGCAAGACAGACGCCAAAUCGUUUGAGUUUGAUUCGUGCAAAUUCACGAACACCGCAUCCAACGCCAGCACAACCUCAACCACAGCCACCGCCGACGUUCUUUACGCCAGGCGUGCCAAAAUCAAACGUUUCAAACGUAGCUCGGACGCCAAGUCGACGUCAAAGUGAUGGUAUACGUGCUCUUGGCUCACGUACGCCGAUUCGUCCGAUGCCAUUACCUACACCAAGAAUGCCAAGCCGACAACUACCUCGACAACAGCAGAAAUCCGGAUAUCAGUCUCAUGAAGAUACCUAUCCGACUAUGAACGGCACACGAUACCCGUAA